UCGAAUAUUUUCAUUGAUUAUAAUAUUUUAUAGACUUUUAAAACAGUUUUCAAACGGAACUUGACACAAUUUUUAAAUAGUUGUUUUGCACUAAAAAAUAUUCUGCUAAAUAAAGCAACGUUUACAUAGUCAUACUCAGUAACCAAUCAGGAAAUCAGUUAGCUAUAUUGUUAUUCCUCAUAAGGUUAUGUUUGCUACAACAUCUGUGUAGAGAUAGCCUGCGGCUCUCAGGCUGCAAUAUGGCAGUUCUAAUUCUGGAUAAAGUUUAAUGAAAUCAUCGAAAUUCGCUGAGCUUGUAACGCUCGGGAUUUUAAAGUUAAUCAGUUGGAAUCAUUUUAUCGGUAUGAAGCAUGCGAGACCAUCCAAAAACUAAAAAAAAAAUGUAAAAUCAGAAUAGAACAAUAAAGUGUAGUAUUUAUUGUGUUAAGCAAAGUACAAAAUAAAAAGCGCAUAAUUGAAACUGCAUUCCGAUUGUAUUACUCGAGUAGCAUGACGUAUACGUCCCUCCAAUGCUCCUAUAUAUGUUAAUUAUAAAAAUUAAGAACAUAUCCUAAUUUUUUAAAGAAAUAUUAUUGUCAAAGGGAUAUUUAGCUGAUGUUCUAAUUAUAAUUUGUCUCUGGUUGAAGAAAAAAGGUGAUAUAAGUAUUACAAUGGCAACUGGUGGUGGUAGUUUUAUUAAUAAACCUGCAAGAGGUUGGUUGCACCCUGACCACCUUGUUAGCAAAGAAGGAAUUACCUAUGCAGUUCGUUAUAUUGGGUGCUUGGAAGUUAACACAUCAAUGAAAAGUUUGGAUUUUGAAACCAGAUCAUGUGUAGCAAAAGAAUGUAUAAAUAGAGUUUGUGAAGCUGCUGGAUUAAAGUCUGCAGAUAAAAAAAGACGAGUUGAUCGAAAAGUUUUAAGGGCAAUCGCAGAUAAACCAUGCAUGGACCAUGCAGGAACAAAUAUAAAUUUAACAAUUAGUAGUACUAGUCUUAUAUUAACUGUUUUAGAAACUGGACAGGUUAUUGCAAAACAUGAAAUGCCACGCAUUUCGUUUGCUUCUGGAGGAGAUACUGAAAUUUUAGACUUUGUGGCUUAUGUUGCAAAAAAUUCUCAAGACUGGAGGGCUUGCUAUGUUUUGGAAUGUGGAGGUGGCUUAGCACAAGAUGUCAUAUCUACCAUAGGACAAGCUUUUGAACUGAGAUUCAAAGAGUUCCUUACAAAACCCUCUUCUUUACAUUCUUCGCUCAAUGGAUGCCUAAGAGAAGCUGAUCGAGAUUAUUACAAUGACCUACCAGGCAAAGUACCACCAGAUAUUGGACCACCUCCAGUACCACCUUUACCAAUUUGUUCAUCAACUUCACCAAACUUGAGACGUGCAAAUACAGCCAAUGCAGGAGCCACUUCUAGCAGCAUCCAGAGUAUUCCUCUUCCAGAUCCAUUAGGGAAAAAUGCAAAACCAUUACAUCAAUCGCCGGAAACUGGUAAUUUGAUAGAUUUAAGUUCAGAUGGUGGACUUAUACCAAAUACAAAUCAGGAACAUAAUUAUGUUAAUGAUACGGUAAUAGCAGCAAGUCGUGAAAAUCGACGUGAGCCUACAACAUUUUUUGACGCAUUCGACAUGCAGCCAUUCAGUACAGCCAUAUCAGAACUGAAUAAACUGAGUCCACAACUACAGAAGCAGCAAUUGAAACAAGAGAUUUGGUAUCACGGUAGUGUCAGUCGCUCAGAGGCAGAAUCUAUGUUAACCCGAGAUGGAGAUUUUUUAGUUCGUGAAUCGCAGGGUUCCCCAGGACAAUAUGUUCUUACAGGAAUGAAUAAUGCGAUUCCAAAGCAUUUGUUACUGAUUGAUCCUGAAGGAGUUGUAAGGACCAAGGAUCGUGUAUUCGACAGCGUCAAUCACCUUGUUAAUCAUCACUGCGACAACGCACUUCCAAUUAUUUCAGCAGAUAGUGCUCUCGUUCUUCGAUAUCCUGUGCCGAGACGUACAUCGUGUUAACUCUUUAAUACAUAUAAAGUUUAUUUCAAUAGAUUUUUUACAGUAGCAAAAAUUCAAUCAAUCAAGUUAAAAAAAAUAUAUCUCAAGUAUGUUGCUUACUUACGAUACUUUUGUAUAUAAUACCUUUGUAGUAUGUUCUUGUUAAACUCAUAACGUAUAAUGUAAAUGCACAAGUAUUUAACGUCGAGAAUCUAAUUUAAAAGAUUAAAUUCGUUUUAUGCGUUGACAAGAUUUACCGAAAUUUUUCAACUUGAUUAUAAUGAAAUAAAUUUGAAAUUUUAUAUUUUUAUAAACAAUCGAUCGAAUUCCAUUGCGUACUACUUUUCGCGAAUAUAUAUAAAAUCGAUAAACGUAAUUUUUAAUUAUUCAUUUAACAAUUUUUUAAAUUUGAUGUAACUCAUGUUUUCUCUGUAAAUUUUAU